AUGUUCAAGCUCACAUCCGUUCUUGUCCUUACUCUUCCUCUCCUCGCCAGCGCUUCCCCUGUGGUUAGAAGCUCAUCUUCUGAGGAGUCCACCGACGAAGUCCUGUCAGCUUUUGAACCUAAUACUACAGCCUGGUCAGCUGGCGCUUCCGACUCCUACUCUGUCUGGGGGAACUCGUGUAAUACCACUCAGCUCGAGCUGAUCGGUGAAGGACUCGCUCAAACCAUGAAGCUGGUUGACCAUGGUAGAGAUCACUUGAGAAGAUUCGGUAAUGAUAGCUACUUCCAGAGAUGGUUCGGCAAUGACAACAACCCUAACAUUCUCGAAGGUUUAUUCGAUAGAAUCGUCAGCGGUGAUAAAGGCAACGUCUCAUUCACUUGUGACGAUAUCGACAGCACUUGUGAUGGUAAAUACGGUGUAAUCCCAGGUUACUUCAGUUCAUCUACCCCAGAACUGACGGUUGUGUGUCCCACCUACUACCUCUCCAAAGGCCCUUUGGAUGAAUUGUGUACUGCUGGGAAGACUAUCGCUUCUCAAGGAUCGGAGUCCACUGAUGGAUCAUGGUUCCUUCACCGACUCUUGCAUCUUCCCCAAACGACCGGCGGUGGUCUUAAGGAUGUCGUCGACUCAGCUCACGACGCUGUUGAUCUUGCUCAAGGUGUCAACGCUACGCAAUCUAUCAAAAACAUCCACUCGAUCCAAUACUACGCUCUGAACGUCUACGCCUCUGAUAUUCUCUUGCCCGGGGAGGGCUGUCUUGGUGAUACUUCCGUUCCAGUCGAAUCUGCGGAGUAA